AUGCUCAACGCCCAUUCGUCGGCCUUAGAACAGCCAAUCUCUCUCAAGGAGUUCCUUCAGUCAAGUAUGACGCCAAUCAAGCAAAAAGAUCAGGCCAGAUCGGCAAAAUCUAUCAUCCCCUUAAAGUCGCUGGUCCAGCGCUAUCGAACCGUGGGAAACCUAGGCUCAGGAAGUUUUGGAACGGUUACUCUGGCCAAAGUGCGCUCAAACGCACUCAGCGGUAUCUUUGAAGAUAUGAGAUCGUGUCCUGGAACCUUGUUGGAACCGCUGAAGAACGUCCACAGAGCAAAGGUCGACGUGGUGGCUAUUAAAACCAUGACUCGCAGACUGCCCAACUUGGAAGACUAUUCGAAGGUCAAAGAAGUCAGAUUCAUCCUGGCCAUCUCGUCACACCCCUCGUUGGUCCAAAUCUAUGAUAUCUUCAUAGACAAAGAAUCGUUCAAACUCCACAUAGUCAUGGAAUCCAUGGAUCAAAACUUAUACCAGCUUAUGAAGUACAGGAAAAACUGUCUCUUCUCCCCAUAUACCUUGAAAUCCAUCCUGUCGCAGAUCCUCGCAGGAAUUCGUCACAUCCACAAACACGGCUACUACCACAGAGACGUCAAACCAGAAAAUGUCCUCAUCAUGCAAUCCUCAAACUUCUAUGGAUCCAAGGAAAAUAUACCCGAGGACAAAAAGAACCAGGCUUAUGUGAUCAAACUAGCAGAUUACGGUCUUGCUAGACAGGCAGAAAAUACAAGACCAUACACAGCUUACGUCUCUACCAGAUGGUACAGAUCACCAGAGAUCUUGCUAAGACAGAAACAAUACUCAUACCCAGUUGAUAUCUGGGCGUUUGGCUGUGUUGUUGUCGAAAGUGCAAUCUUCUUGCCUCUUUUCCCAGGAAGCAACGAGUUAGAUCAAACAUGGAGAGUUCUGGAAGUGCUUGGCUGUCCUGAAAAGAGUGACAAAGUUCCAUUAGGUGGAUUUUGGGACGACGCACAAAAACUGUCCAGUAACCUCGGAUUCCACUUGCCAAAGCUUCCAGGAGCCUCUAUCGAGGAACUGAUACCAAGAGUCGACCUUCCGGAGAAGGACAGAAAAGACCUCUGUGAGGUUGUGAAGGCGUGCCUUGUCUGGGACCCAAGUAAACGUACCGACGUUUACCAACUGUGUCAGAUGAGUUAUUUCAACCAGAUGCUUUCUGAGGAGUCGGAGAACGUUUCUACUCCGGUGCAAAAGAAGAUAGCCAAAUCUGUCACCGAGAACUAUACCUGGCUAACAAAAAGCACCCCCACCCUUGUUAACGACGAAAAUGUCAACGAAACGUCCACCCACCGUCUUCGUAAGGUGCCGCACCUUAACAUGUUCAAAUUUGCAAAGACAGACAAGACCAACCCCCAGGACAACCUCUCAUUUGUUGGCAGUCUGAAGGAAAACAUCAAGCACAACGAGGAGGUUCCUAAGCUGGAGUACCAAUCUGUUCCCGAGAAGCCGAAGAUCUCGUUGAUAGAGCCUGCGAAUGCCCAACAGGACUGGGGAUUCGACGACGACGACGAUGACGAGUCUGAUUACGGAGAUGAAGUCUAUGCUGGCGAGACUGGGCUGGUCGAGCCACUGUACAUUUCUGACUCGUACCAGCUGAUCCCGCUCGACAACAAGCAUCCUUCCGAAAAAGUUCUACCUGCCAAUAUUGAAGCGUCGUUUGAUUCGCAGGUGUGA